AUGAGUUAUUGGUAUAGACCAAAUGUAUUAAAACGAAAAUGGGGAAGUUAUGGAAAUAUUCAUAACAAUCAAUACUAUGAUAAUUAUGAUGAUUAUUCAUUUAACAAUGGUUUAAAUACUACUUAUGAUCCAGACAAUGGAGAAGAUGAAUAUUUUGAAGAAGAUGAUGUAGAUUUACAUCCAGAUAGUUAUCAAUCAAAUAAUUACUUUGAUCCAGACAAUGAACCAGAAAGAGUAAAUAAACCAGACUUGAUUAAUGAAGAAUUUAGUAAGACAGAAGAAUCAAUAUUUGAUGAUCCAGAUUAUGAAGAAUAUACUAAAGAAAUGAAUAUUAAUGAAGACUCAAUUAAAGAAGGAGAAGAAGAGAAUAGUAAUGAUGAAGAUAACAAUACAAAUAUAUAUGAAAUAGUAAAUCCAAAUAAACCAGAAGAAAUACUUACAUAUGAUAACAAUACACUCAAAAUAUUAGAAGAUAUAAUUGAUAUUAAUGAUCCACAACAAUUAGGAAAUGAAUUAGCUAUAAUUCAACAAGAAAUAAUAGAAAACAAUAAUAAAAUAGAACAAGAGAAUAAUAAUGUAGAAGAUACUACUAUACCAUUAAUAUUAACAAAUGAAAAUAAUGAUAUAAUACUAGCAGAUAAUGUAGAAGAAGAUAAAAUACCACAACUACUUGAAGAAAUAAAAGAUAAAGCAAUGGAAGAAGAAAUAGAAAUACAUAAAGAUGAAAAAGAACCAGAUAGAAAUAUUAUACUACCUAGACCACCAAGAGAGAAUAGAAAUACUAUCAAACAAUGGAUAGAUAAAAAUAGAGAUAAUUCCAAAAGAAAACAUCAUUUAGAAGAUACUAAUGAAUAUCAAGAAAAGAGAGAUUUUGAACGAGGAAUAAAAAUAGAAGAAUUACAACAGUUCUUACCUUUAGAAGAAAAAGAAGAAAGAGAAGAAGCAAUAAAUGAAACAAAAAUAGAAAUUCCACAAAAUGAAGCAUUGAACGAAAAAGAAGAAGUUCAAAAUGAUGAAACAAUGAAUAAUUCAUUACCAAAUGAAAAAAUGCAAGAAAAAAGAGAAGAGAAAGAAGAAAAAAGAAUUAAAAAACCAGUUAUUGUUAAGAAAGAACGAAAACUCAAAGAAGUUAAGAAGAUUGAUUCUAAAUUUAAUUAUAAAGAACUCUUCGGUGACGUUAAAAACAGAAAACAUGAAGUUGAUGAAUUGGAAAAAAGAUAUAGAUUACUUGCUAAAGACAUAUCACUCAAUUAUAAACCAACACAAAAGAAAGAAGAAAAUGAUUCCAAAAAUAUUCUACCAGAACAAAUUAAACCAAUAAUAGAACAAGAAGAAGAAGAUUUAAGAGUUGAAGACAUUCCAAAAGAGUUAACAAUACAAGAUCAACAAAAAUAUUGGAAUAACUUUAAACAUAAUGACGAAAACAUCGAAUUGAAUGAAGAUGAAGAAGAAAUAGAAGAAGAUAUAGAAGAAGUAGAAGAACCAGAAAUAGAAUAUGAGUACGAGUAUGAGUUCUAG